AUGAAAGUUCUCCGAUUCAAUAAUCAUUUUUGCUCCCUGACUAGCUCAUUUCAUUUUUAUUUUACGCAAAAAACUGAGACGUCCGACGUUUUUUUGCAAAGUAGCUGUCACACCUGCUUACGAUUUUGCAGUUAUCAUUUUUUUAUAGCAUAUUAUGGAAUUUGCUCGCGGAGUUUACGGAGUCAGCACGUUAUCAUGUAAAUUUCUGCAUUGUUGGAAAAACUACUUUUUAAAAGAGCUAGGAAAAAGCACAUAUAACUUACAAAAAUUAUCAAUUGUGAAACAUUUACGUUGAUCUAAGGAAAAACUCGUAUCUGAUGUACUGCUUCAUAAUGUUCUGAGAACUGAGGUGACUGUGAACAUUUUAAUACAGAGCAUUGCAACAUUGCUAAAUUAGCCAUUUUUUUGCUUAUGGUUUACUGCCGUCACUGUUUUAGUCAGAAGAAGUACGAGAUGUACGCAAUUAAAUAAUAUUUGAUUCUUGAAAACAUGGUAAGGUGUAUGUUGGCUGAUUGCAAUUUCAAUAACAUGUACUAUGUGCUUAUGUACUUAAAAGUGUUGCAUAAUUUUUAAAAAAUGAUUGCAAUUUCAUAAAAAUUACUCACACAAAUUAACAUAAGUCACAGUGAUGACAGGAAAAAAAACUAUUUGAGCCUAUACAUACGUCUUUAAGUGGCUUGAGUAAUCGAAGGUCCUACGAUUCAUGUGGCGACGAAAAAUGCCUUUUCAGUGAUUCACGUAAGAAGUCAUAGUAAUCAAGGAUUUUACAAUAGUUUUCUUCAAGUAUGUACAGAUCGCCAACUAAAGUUAAUAUUUUUAUAAAUGGAACUACUUUUAGAUAGAACUUAUAAUUCUUUCUGUAAAAACUUCAUGAGCGUGUACAGAUAUGAUGGUAAAAGAAAUCUUUUUAGUCAUAAACAGGAACUAACUUGCAGAAGGUUUCAAGCUUAUGUUAUAACUUUUCAAUUCCGUUUUUUUCUCUAACAGCAUCGUGCUUCACAACAUUAUGUCAUGGUUUUCAAUACAAUAGCGUAAAAAAUAAAAGUUUGUUCAGGAUGCCAAAUAAAAAACGUUUAAUUUUGUUUAUAUUUCAUGUAACAAUAUUUCACAUGUGUUUAUUUUGUAUUGGAUAUAUUUCCUCCUGUUUUGUUUACAAGUUUUUUGAAAAUGCACUUUCUUCUUUUGGAAAUAUAAAGAAAUCUGUAACAUUACUCAAGAAUAAUUCCAUCAUCGACUUGAAAUUUUUCAAUAAAAGCACAAUAUCAAAUGAUAAACUAAGUCUAAUUGAUAUCAAUAAUUUUCAAUUUACCAUUAACCAUCACAUUUGCAAUCAAACGCAACCAUACUUAUUAAUGUUGAUUCACUCUGCACCAGCUAAUUUAAAUAAACGGAAUGUAAUUAGAGAAACAUGGGGUCAGCAAAUAUCAUCUACUAUAACUCUCUUUUUAGUCGGUUUCUCAGGUGAUUACGAAGCUGAACUGGUAAAAGAAAACGUAAUACAUAAAGAUCUUAUACAAGGGAGUUUUUUAGACGAUUAUAAGAAUAUUACUUAUAAACAUGUGAUGGCCUUAAAAUGGGUAACCUAUCAUUGUUCAAAUGCUAAAUACGUGUUAAAACUAGAUGAUGAUGUUUUUGUCUACGUUCCUGCAUUGAUAAGUUUUUUAAAAAAAGAUCAUGGCGUUCAAAAUGGCGUGUAUCACCAAAAGAAUAUCCUGGAAAAAAAUAUCCUUCUUAUUGUGCUGGUUGGGCGAUUUUGUAUUCAAUUGAAGUUGUAUAUCUUUUAUAUCAAGAAGCUCAAAAAGAACCCUUUUUCUGGAUAGAUGAUGUACAUGUAACUGGAACCUUAGCGAAAAAAAUUAACGUGUCUCAAACAUCAAUGCAUUCAAUGAUACUA